GUGAAGGACGCAAUACGAGAUGGUUUGCGGGCAGUCAAGAAUUUAAUUGAAGACAAAUGUGUUGUGCCGGGUGCUGGAGCCUUUGAAAUUGCUGCUUAUAGGCGAUUGCAGGAGUAUAAGGUUGAAGUUGAGGGCAAGGAGAAGUUAGGUGUAUCUGCAUUUGCUGAUUCUUUAUUAAUUAUACCCAAGACAUUAGCCGAAAACAGCGGUCAUGAUGUUUAUAAAACUCUUUUAUCUGUUAUUGAUGCUGCACAAACAAAUACACAAAAUAAACAUCUGCUAGGCAUUGAUCUCCUUACAGGAAAUCCUAAUGUCCCUGCUAUUGAAGGCAUUUGGGAUAACUACAGAGUAAAGAGACAGAUGCUCUCUCUAGCCCCUACACUUGCGCAGCAGCUGCUGCUAGUAGAUGAAGUACUUAAGGCCGGCAAAUCUAUGACAAAAAACUAA